AGCCAUUUCGCACGUGUUGGUAUCUUAGCGUGUUUAUCUUCUAAAAUAACUUAAAUUAUCGCAAAUCUUACACAACUUUGGUUUUGAUUUKCCUACACGUACAGCAUAGGAUGUAAGUAAUUAUCUUGAAUGCAAAGUUGAAUUCCAGCAUGGAUGAGUCUGAAAUAACAGCAGCUAAAAUCCAAGAACUUUGCAAGUGUGAGAACUUGAGUGAACUCAAACAUCUGAGUUUGGCCAAGAAAGGAUUAACAUAUUUAAAGACUGAUAUACUAGCCCAGUUGACUAAUCUAGAAGAGCUUGAUUUAUCUGGGAAUAAAUUGAAGAAAUUAGAAACUGAUGGGAUCUGCCUGCCAUCUUUGACAAAAAUUGAUCUGAGUGAUAAUGAGUUGACAUCACUGGAUGGGUUAGCUGCAUUUCCAACACUAAAAGAUGUGAAUAUAUUGGAUAAUCUGGCAAUUGAAGUUUCAGAAAAGUAUAAAUUGGUAUAUCUUUGUCCAUCACUACAAAUACUAGACAAGAAGGAUGUGUCUAUGAUGAGAGAUGCUGCUUCAAGACUUGAUAGUACACUGUUAUGUAAGAUUUCAGAGGUGUGGAGAAGAAGCUUUGAUGAUGUUUUCAGCAAUGAUAUUGAUAAGCAAAAAUUGGAAAAUGAAUUUUUGGACAAAUUAAAGAAAGAGAUUACAUGUGGGCCGUCAAUGCUGAAAGAGUACAGAGAAUUUAGGUUAUCCAUACUAGGCAAAGAGCAUAUUCAAAAGAUGCGUUUGAAGUUUGAAAGUGGGGAAAGUCCAAGGAAAAAGAAGAAAAUUGAAGUAAAUGGAGAAAUCCAAAAGGAUCUUGUGCAAAAUGUUGAUGCCCAAGAGAAGUCUUAUACAAGUGUUAAAAUAAAAGAAGAGACAGAUAUCAAGAAUGUAAAUGUACAAGAAAGAAGCGGGGCCAAUUCAAGAUUYGUGGUUUCUCACUUGCUUCAAACUCAUUCACUCAAUAACAACCCAGAAGAUAGGAAGACACAGGUUUGGGGGUGUGAAUUUGAACCAAGCCUGGACAAACCAGGGGAAACAACAUCUAUCUGUGCUACAUGUGGUGGCGAUUCAGUGUGCUUCAUCGAUUGCAGUUCAGGUCAGGUCAUGAAAAAAUAUAAACAACCUAGUGAAAUAUUCUACUGCAUUGCCUGGACAACWGUCACCAUGGACUUCAAYGGAAACUCAAAGAAAACUAACUUAUUAGCAGCUGGUGGCCARCAAAAAGAUAUCAAAAUCAUUGAACCUAAUCAACUUGUUUGCUGUGAGGAGAUUACRGGACUUAAAGGUGUUUUGGAGAGUCUAUUGUUUCACCCUGUGCAUUCUUCAUGGCUGUUUUGUGCAGCCAGUGAUACGGUUACUYUAUGGGACAUUGGUUUUCAUAAAGGGGAAUCACAAAAGUCCAGACUACUUCUUUCGUUAAAAUCAAAGACAGUUGUUCGUUCAUUUGCAAUACCACCUCAUGGCAAWACUYUGGUUGGAGCAUGUGAUGAUGGCUGCUUCCUGUGGAAAAUUGAUGAAAUAGAUAAAACUAGUGAGAAACCAAGGACUUCAUUCGGUAAACUAAGUUUUCCAGGAAAGAAAACUCUUCCUUUGGAUUGUAUACAGUGUUUGUCCAACAAAUUAAUUGCCACUAAACGAGUCGAGGAAGGUACAAUUGUCGUCUGGUCUUCAGAAUCAGAAAUGAUGAAGAAUGACUUCACUCAGUUAUAUAAAUUCCAAUGGAGGCGUACAGAAACCCCAUUUUUAAAAUUUUCCUWUGUACGAGCUCAUCAGGUUUUGAUUGCCGGUGAUGAUCAGGGUUGUGUAUGGAUGUAUAAAAUAAAUGAAAAACGCGAUGAUAGUAAUAGUGAUACCACACCACCAACAUAUAAAAGCUCACAGAUAUUAGUUUGUCCUAACGAAUCGACCAAGCUCUUCAACCAAGUAUGUGCAAGCAGUUCGCUAGAGUACAUUGUUGCCGCAGCCGACACUAAUGUUGUUUGCAUGUGGCGAAGAAUUCACACACAAGACACAUAACAAGAACUUUAUUCUAUAUGUAUAUAAAACUACAACCAUUGCUCUUACCAGAUAUUAUAUCGUUGUUUAUAUUCUAGAGAUGAAAUGCUAUUAUGUUGUUCUUACACCCAGGGCCUUGUCCACACGUAGACGCUUUGUAAACGAUCACUUUUCGAGAAYUAGAAACGUCGCUGUUCACAUUUUCUUUAUCGAGGGGGMAGAUGCCCCACCCUUAGAUGYCUUCGUGCACUUAUUUUACACACGCUGUUCGGAACUAAUCGMAACAAGCUAUCGUCUUCUGAUUAUAGAAACUUAUACGCAAAAUGGYAACAUUCUGCGGUGCCAUUUUUUUGAGUAAAGSAUUAUUAAACACUUUGUGUUUUAGUAUGGCCGCUUAAAUGAUCUACAAAGUUUGUACAAGUAGUUAUCCGUUUUUGUGAAGAAAACAGCGAAACAAAAUAGCGCGAGGACUGAUAUCUCCMAUCAUGCUCUGUUGUACAAAAUGGAUAUUGCUGGUUUGAAUCUACUAAAAAGUCUAGUAGACUGAGAUUCAAAAGCUAGUAAUGUUAAUGAUAUGAACAAUUGACAUGAUGAGGAAUACUAGCAACCUGGCUGCCAUGACAAAUUGAGGUGAAAACUAGUAAUAUCCGUUUGCAGAGCAAUCUCGCUCCCAGGCCAUUAUCCCUUCGUUUGGGGUUCGCAUGACCUCAAAGGGCCUGGGAACGUUUACUGCGUUCACAAAGCAUCUCCGUGUGGAUGACCGAGACCUGGUACUAUUAGAAAGGAUUGUAUUAUAAAACCGUUCGUGGAUAUCAUGAUUAGGCGUUUUGCUUUGUUUUCUGUUUAGAUUGUGCUCUGUAUUCCAAAAUAAUUUGGAAUGCGCUCAAAAAAGUAKGCCAUCGUGCGGCUACGCCAUUUUGUAAAGCGAAGCAUGCAUAAUGAAAAUCUAAUCAUUGCUGUUUUUUAAAAGUUUCCUUUGAAAUUGUCCAUAAAGUCCGCGGUUUUGCGAUUUCAAUUCCUUCCCAUGAAGGUCGUAUCGGACCUAAAAAUAACUAUUACAUAUUGCGCGCAUUAAUUGGUGCAAAAAAACCCUGUUUUUUAUGCAUAUAAACACGAUGCUGAUCGAGGAGUKGUGGUUAUUUUAUUAAAGCUCAAGAAGAAAUUUUCCAUGUUUCCUUUUUCUGUUAGAAACACUUGGAGUUGUUGUUUAAAUCGCUUUAAAUGCAGCUCGGUGGUUUAAAACCGUUUUCGAGAAUCCCGUGUGUUUCAAAGCGACGCAGAGAACGGAAAUAGAAACUAUCUUCUUCUGGUUACGUAUAGCAUAAAAAGGACUUCAGCAGAAACUUCUUUCCCUUUCCCUAUUAUCCUUAAAAGCCUUUCAUAUACCAUAUAGUAAAAAUACUUAGUGAUUAGUAAUUUAUAUACUUCCAAUAACAACAAUAAAGAUAUUUACAUUCAACUGA